GGCUCACUUCUCACUCAGUCUCUCCGCCACGAUCCAAUUUCAAUUUCGAUUUUCAAAACCCUAACCCCUCCCCCAUCUCCCCAAUCCUCCCCCCAAACCCUAACCCUAACCCAAUUCCCCAAAACCAUGCCGAUUUCUUGAAACCCUAGCCCCUCCGAUUCUCGAUUCUUCCUCCGUCCCCGCCAUGAAUUCGGGCCCCAUUGACAUCAGCUCCGACGAGGACGCGUCUCUCCACCGCGACGUCGAUGACGACAGCGUCGACUGGCUAUCCAAUCUCAUCGAGUCCGCCGACAGCAAGUUCGACGACGACGACGACGACGUCGUGGUGAUCGGCGAGGUCAACGGCGCGUCAAAGAAGGAGGUCGACGACGAUUGUGUGGUCUUGGAUGGCGACCCGGACAAGGCGGUUUCGGUUGAGGACGACGGGUCGGGUAGCGGGUCGGACGAUUUGGUUGUGGUGGGCGAGAAGGGUCAGAUAGCAUGCAGAGAUUACCCUCAUCCACGACAUCUUUGUGCCAAAUUCCCUUUCACUUCUACUCCACAUGAGAAGCACUGUAACCUGUGUCACUGUUAUGUCUGCGACUCUUUGGCACCCUGUGUACAUUGGGGCAUUGGUAUCUCGCAUAUUGGCCAUUGUCAUGCCACUGAGAAAGUAGAUAUGUGGAAAGUAAUGAGGAGAAAUUUCAAGAUGGGGAGAAGUGCUUCAAUGCCAGCUAUAAAAGUAUCUUUGGCUGUGCCUCAACUUAGUCAAGUUCCACCCAGUUUGGCACCCAACUCUAUACUGCAGACUCAGGUCUAUAGGCCAUCUACCAUCCCUGCUAUCUCCAGAGCCAGCCCCAAUGUGCCAGCACCUACCUCUAUACCACUGAAGCAGUUCCCGAGGUCAACUUUGAUCCGUCCAUGCCCCUCAACCCCCGUUGUAAAUUCUACUGUCAGGAAUCCAGUUAGAAGCAACCAACAAAGAUUUCUUUCAUCAAAGAAUGGAGUCCAACCAGCUUCUGUCCAACCAUCUUCAGCUUCUCAGCAGUUGCUUAGUAAUGUUCAAAGGAGUAGCAGAGCUCAGAAUAUUGGUAAUGAAGGCCUUCAUUGUACCUCUUCACCAACAAUGUUCAAAAGAGUAGGGCAUGUUCGGGGUUCUUUGGCAAAGAACCAAUCUACAUAUGGUUCAACAUAUAACAGCAAUGUUAAUCCAUCGCAGUAUGGUGUGGUAAAUAACAACGGCUAUGCCAAUCCAUCACAAUAUGGCAGAGUUCCCUCCUCUAUGGUAGCAUCAAAUGACAGAAUCUGCUACAGUUGGCAGGAGGUUCAUAACAGCUUGAAUCAGAUGCCCUCCCUGCCCAUGGGCAGUGGCAUUGUUGGAAGUACAUUGCCUCCCCAGCAGUACAGUCAACCUAUUCUGCAGUCAGCUUAUAGCCAAAAUGUUCAGCAAGGGAGUCAAGUUCAAAAUGAUGGCCAAAAUUUCUCGCAGUAUGGGAUUCAAAGUCAAAAUGAUAGCCAGAACGUCUCUCUGCAAGGGAUAGGUGCAAGUGCCGCUGUGGACUUGGGGUUUUCAGAUUGCAACUACAGUUGGAUGAACAACACCAGUCAAAGCGUUCAGCAACCUCAACCUCCCAUCGAAAAUUCUCAAGUUCAAAGCACCGAGGAUGUAUAUGGGUCAGAUAUCCAGUCCAAUGGCUACCCUAAUCUCAAGGGUUUUGAAAGUGACUUCGACUACUGGUUAUCGGAGAAUCAGCCAGUUCCACCAGUAACAAAUGAUUCUGUUUCUGUGCCAUCUCAACUGGAUCUCUUGUCUCCAGGGCCUCCUGUUGUAGACCCGGGGAUGCUUUAUUUUGAUUUUGAAACCUCUUUCAACAGUCUCACAGAGGUGUAGCUGACUGUCGGUCACUCCUUUGUGCUUCCGUUAAGAGAAUGAAGGCUUGCAGAGGUUUUAGGGACUCUUACCUUUUGGUGGUUUAGAAUAGAAGGAAGCUUAGUUAACCCCCGUCUGGAGGUCAAAUGUAAUAGUUAUAAAGCAGGCUAUGGGUAGCACUGUAUAGUCCUUUUGAAGCACACUGGUGUACAAAGUAUCCCCUAGGUUGGAGUCUUGCAGAUGCUGUAUAGUGGUUGUUCCAAU